AUGUGGUUGAGGGCAUCCUUCAAAACAGUCGCACAGGCAGCUGGUGCAGCAGCUGGAUCCAUCACGGCCAGCCAGCCGCUCGCAAGCGGCGCUAGCGGGCUGGGCGGGGCCGCCGCUGCCCUAGCCCGCCGCUCUGCCGCCACCGCAGCCGGCAGUGCCCCCCCAGACGUGCUGAUUGUGGGCGCCGGGCACAAUGGCCUGGUGGCAGCCACGCUGCUGGCCCGGCAGGGGCUGAGGGUGGAGGUGUAUGAGGAGAAGGACAUACGCCCUGGUGCUCUGGCCAUCUCACUUACAAUUCCCCCGCCUGGUGCAGGCGCCUACCUGCUGGGCGUGAUGCCUCCCGAGCUGCUGCAGCUGCUGGAGCUGGAUCUGCCGCUGCGCCGCCGCGACCCGCACUACUUCCUGCCCUCCCCCGCCGGCGGCAGCGGCAAGUACCUGCUGUUUGGCAGCGACCGCGGCGCGAUGCGCGACCAGUUUGUGCGCUUCUUCAGCGAGGAGGACUGGCGAGCCGACCAGGCGAUGCAGGCUGAACUGGAGGCGCUGCGCCGGGAUGUGGGGCCCACCUGGCUGCAGGCAAGCGCCGCGGCAGGCUGCUGGCGCCUGGCGCCUGGCCACGCCACCUCCAGCGCCGCCGAGCCGGCCAGCAUAGAGGAGACGGCUGAGCGGCAUGUGCGCCCGGCGCUGCGCUCGGCCUUUGUGGACCUGUGCCACGGCUCGGUGGCCGACUACCUGGCCCGGUUUGGGUUCAGGAGCGACAUGCUCAAGGUCAUGUAUGCGACCACCGACGGCUUCAGUGGGCUCAACGGCGGCUGGGACACGCCCGGCACAGGCAUGAACUUCCUGGUGCACAACAUGUGCCGCCUGCCAGGCUCGGACGGCACCUGGAUGGUGGUGGAGGGCGGCAUGGGCGUGGUGACGCAGCGCCUGGCGGCGGCAGCGCGCCACGCGGGAGCCAGCAUCCACACCGGCCAGGCCGCCAGCAGCAUCCUGCUGGAGGGCAGGGCCGCGGCGGGCAUCGUGACGGGCGAUGGGCGGGAGGUGCGGGCAAAGGCGGUGGUGGUCAACGCCGACCCCUUCCGCCUGCGCACGCUGGCAGGCGCCGCCGCCUUCCCGCCAGACUUCAACGCUCGCCUGGACGGCAUGAAGAAGGACGGUACCACCAUGAAGGUCAACCUGGCCCUCAAGGGCCUCCCCACCUUUGCCUGCCUGCCGGAGGACCGCGGCCAGCACCGCACCACGACCCACCUGCUGCCGGGGGAUGAGGGCAGCGUGCUGGCCGGCGUGCAGCAGGCGUUUGCUGAUGUGCAGCAGGGCAGGCUGCCUGAGUUUCCAACGAUAGAGAUCUACUGGCAGACCACGGUGGACCCCGGCCUCACAGAUGCGGAGGGGCGGUACAGCGCGGCGCUGUUUGUGCAGUGGGUGCCGUAUGCGCUGGCGGGCGGCAGCAGCUGGGAGGCGGAGGAGGCGGGGUAUGUGCGGCACCUGCUGGGCCUGCUGGACCGCUUCGCCCCCGGCGCCAGCGACCUCGUGGUGGACACCUUCACCCUGACGCCCCCCGCCAUCGAGCGCUACUUUGGCAUCACCCGCGGCCACAUCCACCACAUCGACAAUUCCCUCGGUUUUGCAGAUCGCUUCCCGUACCGCACCCCCGGCCUCUAUUCGUGCAGCGCAGGCACCCACCCUGGCGGCUCUGUGGUUGGCUGUGCCGGCCACAACGCGGCGGCGGCGCUGCUCAGCGACCUGGGCUUGCAGCAGUGGUGGCGCCUGCCUGCAGCUGCAAGCGGCCACCCGUGA